ACGAAGUCAAUCAAGUGACAGCCGUAAGAAGAUUUCAACUAGUAGAAAAUAGUGAAGUAAGACUGAACAUUGGUGAAGAACCAUUAAGAAAUAAAAACGAACAAGACAAAUCACGUGUUCAAGUAUCACCUGAAUCCAAAGAUCAGCUGAAAUUAUUCAAAUCAGUUGCGUUACGAAAACUGACAUUAGAGAACGUGGAUUUACUCAACUUUGG